GACGUGCAGCGUUGUGCCUCAUUUGCUACGCCGGUCACGUGGCUAUAAACGUUGUUACUUAAGUCGCGACCCGCGCCCUCAAUGGUUAAUGUUUGCCGGUUCAGUUACACUUGUCGAAAGGUCGAUUAGUUGAAAAUCAGAGAAAAGCUAGGGUUUUCGAAUAGCACGAAAGAUUCGUUACGAAGAGGAAGUUGUCCGAGACAGAAUUAUUUCACCAUGAGGAAGUCAGUUAUGAGUGCACAGGAAUGGAACAAGAAGGGUCUCGAAGAGGAUAAAAAAGGCAAUUUUUCAGAAGCAUUAAGUCACUACACAAACGCAGUAAAACUAGAAGAGAACAAAACGUACAAAGCAAUGUACUACAGAAAUCGAGCUGGUGUAUGUUUAGAGCUGAGCGAUUACGAGAAAGUGGUUGAAGACUGCAACACUGCGUUAAAGAUAUGUUGUAACAAAGCACUGUAUCGCAGAUGUCGAGCACUAGAAGCGUUAGAGAGAUUCGAGGAGGCAUAUCGGGAUGCAGAGAUGAUUAUUUCAUCUGAUCCCAAUAACAAAGUUUUUCAACGCUUAGCGAGACGCUUGCUUAAAAUUGUACAAGAACGUAAGGAAAAUUUACAUACUAGUCCUAAGGUAUCAGAAAUGCUGGAUAUAGCAUUUGACGUGAACGUUAGUGAAAAGGAACGUGAAAUUGCUAUUAAUGAUUUGCUUGUGCUCGCACGUGAUGAAUCUGGUGCCGAGGAGAUCUUUAAAAAGGAAGGCGUAUUCAAAAUCGUUCAACUUGUGAAAGUGGAAAAGAACGAGGAAGUGAUCUGCAGCGCGAUUCGUAUUGUAGGCGAGUUAUGCGAAAACAAUUUUAGUCGAACUAAGUUCGUUAUGAAAUACGUCGGUCUGUCUUGGUGUCUGGAACUAAUGAACAGCACAUCUAUAGAGAGAGUUAACGCGUCUCAGUAUUGUUUACAGAAUAUAUUGAACACUUACAUCGACAUGAAUAAUAAACCCGAUUCAAAUCUCAACGAGGAUUUAUGCGAGGCGCAAAAGGAAAUAGACACGAUUAUGCUGUGCUUGUUGUACAGUAUAACAAGUAGAACAAUAACAGGCCCUGCUAGAGACGCAAUAAUAAAACUUAUUAUGAGUAACAUUCAUUGCGUAACUAUGUUAGACUGGUCUAAACGAUUUGUCGAACUUCGCGGUGUGCAAAGAUUGAUGGAGGCCAAGCCGCUCACUAGCAGUCGAACGUGA